AGCUGUAAUUUUCUCUCCAGGAUGGUGUGAAGUUUGUGAGCAUUGGAGCCAUGUUCUCAGAGAUGGUGGCUGUCAGCUCCAAAGGAGAGCUGUAUCAGUGGAAGUGGAGUGAACCUGAACCUUACAGGAAUACACAGAAUCCUUCAGUUCAUCACCCCCGUGCAUGUUUCCUGAGCCUGGCCAAUGAGAAGAUCACCUUAUUAUCCGCCAACAGCAUCAGAGCAACUGUAGCUACAGAAACAAAUAAGGUUGCUACCUGGGUAGAUGAGACACUGAGCACAGUGGCGUCUAAGCUGGAGCACAGUGCUCAGGCUUUCCCCGAGCUACAGGGAGAACGCAUGGUUUCUCUGUACUGCUGUGCGCUCUACACAUGUGCACAGCUGGAGAAUAGCCUCUACUGGUGGGGUGUUGUGCCUUUUAGUCAACGGAAGAAGAUGCUUGAAAAGGCCAGAGCCAAGAACAAAAAGCCAAAGUCCAGUGCUGGCAUUUCCUCAAUACCCAACAUCACAGUGGGAACACAGGUGUGCUUGAGGAAUAACCCCCUCUACCACGCCGGUGCAGUGGCCUUUUCUGUCAGCGCUGGGGUUCCCAAAGUGGGGGUACUGUUGGAGUCUGUUUGGAACAUGAACGACAGCUGCAGGUUCCAGCUGCGCUCACCGGAGAGCCUCAAAAAUAUGGAGAAGACCACUAAGACCCAGGAAAUCAAAAUGGAAAGCAAGCCAGAGCUAGUGAAGACUGAAAUGGGUCCUCCUCCUUCUCCAGCAUCAACUUGCAGUGAUGCUUCAUCCAUUGCAAGCAGUGCCUCACUGCCCUACAAGCGAAGGCGGUCUACCCCAGCUCCCAAAGAAGAAGAGAAGGUGAAUGAGGAGCAGUGGCCUCUCAGGGAGGUGGUGUUUGUGGAAGAUGUUAAAAAUGUUCCCGUGGGAAAGGUGCUAAAAGUGGAUGGUGCAUAUGUUGCUGUGAAGUUUCCAGGAACAAGCAGCAUGAACAACCAGAGUACUGCUGCUCCCACUGACCCGGAUCCAUCCUCAUUGCUACAGGACUGUCGGCUCCUCAGAAUAGACGAGCUGCAGGUGGUCAAAAGCGGUGGAACUCCUAAAGUUCCUGAUUGUUUUCAGCGCACACCUAAAAAGCUCUGCAUCCCAGACAAAGCUGAAAUUCUGGCUGUGAAUGUUGACUCCAAAGGAGUUCACGCAGUCCUAAAAACUGGUAACUGGGUGAGGUACUGCAUCUUUGACCUGGCAACAGGCAAAGCUGAGCAAGAAAAUAAUUUCCCCACCAGUAACCUGGCCUUUCUGGGGCAGAGUGAGCGUAAUGUGGCCAUUUUUACUGCUGGGCAGGAAUCUCCCAUCAUUCUCCGGGAUGGAAAUGGCACAAUCUACCCAAUGGCCAAAGACUGUGUGGAUGGGAUUCGAGAUCCUGAUUGGCUGGACCUUCCACCUAUAAACAGCCUAGGAAUGGGGGUGCACUCGCUUGUCAACCUUCCCUCGAACUCCACCAUUAAAAAGAAAGCUGCUAUUAUUAUUAUGGCUGUUGAGAAACAGAUGCUGAUGCAGCAUGUGCUGCGUUGUGACUAUGAGGCGUGUCGCCAGUACCUGGUGAAUCUUGAGCAGGCCUUCUUGCUGGAUCAGGGCAGCCAGGCCCUCGGAGCACUUCUGGGUCACCGUUGUGAUGGCAAUCGCAACAUCCUCCAUGCUGCCGUCUCUGUCUGCUUCCCUGUGAGCAACAAGGAGACCAAAGAGGAAGAAGAAGCUGAGCGGUCUGAGAGAAAUACAUUUGCAGAGCGUCUCUCUGCUGUGGAGGCAAUUGCCAAUGCCAUCUCUGUGGUCUCCAGCAACAGCUCUGGGAACAGGACGGGCUCUUCCAGUAGCAGAGGGCUGCGUCUGAGAGAAAUGAUGCGGAGAUCUCUAAGAGCAGCAGGUCUUGGUCGCCAUGAGUCCGGCCCAUCCUCAAGUGAUCAUCAGGACCCCGUCUCUCCACCUAUUGCCCCACCAAGCUGGGUCCCUGAUCCUCCACCCAUGGACCCUGCAGAUGGUGACAUUGACUUCAUUCUUGCCCCAGCUGUGGGUUCCCUCACCACUGCUUCCACUGGUACCAGCCAGGGACCCAGCACGUCCACCAUACCAGGGCCCUCCACUGAGCCAUCAGUGGUUGAAUCUAAAGACCGGAAGGCUAAUGCUCAUCUCAUCCUGAAGCUGAUGUGUGACAGCGUCGUAUUGAGGCCACACCUACGAGAGCUGCUGUCUGCCAAAGAUGCUCGUGGAAUGACUCCAUUCAUGCUUGCAGUCAGUGGAAGGGCCUACCCUGCAGCCAUCACUGUUUUGGAGGCUGCUCAGAAAAUGGCCAAAGUGGGUGACCCGGGCAUUGCAGAGAAGGAGGAUGCAGAUUCUUUGUUCAUGGAAAUGAUUUGCCCAUUGGGGACGAACCCUGAUGAUUCACCCCUCUAUGUUCUCUGCUGCAAUGACACCUGCAGCUUUACUUGGACAGGAGCUGAGCACAUCAACCAGGAUAUCUUUGAAUGUCGGACCUGUGGUUUGCUUGACUCACUCUGCUGCUGCACUGAAUGUGCACGGGUGUGCCAUAAAGGUCAUGACUGCAAGCUGAAGAAAACCUCUCCCACCGCUUACUGUGACUGUUGGGAGAAAUGCAAGUGUAAAACACUCAUUGCUGGUCAGAAAGCAGCUCGAUUGGAUUUGUUGUACAGGUUGCUCACCACUACUAACCUGGUCACCAUACCCAACAGCAGAGGGGAGCACAUAUUACUGUUCCUAGUGCAGACUGUUGCCAGACAGAGUGUUGAGCACUGUCAAUAUCGACCACCACGCAUCAGGGAAGACCGGAACCGCAAGGCCACCAAUGCAGAAGACUCGGACAUGCCAGACCAUGACUUGGAGCCUCCCAGAUUUGCUCAGUUGGCUCUGGAGAGGGUUCUGCAGGACUGGAAUGCCCUCAAGUCAAUGAUCAUGUUUGGUUCUCAGGAGAAUAAAGAUCCACUUAGUGCCAGCAGCAGGAUUGCCCACCUCCUACCUGAAGAGCAGGUGUACUUGAACCAGCAGAGUGGGACAAUUCGCCUUGACUGUUUCACCCACUGCCUCAUUGUAAAGUGUGCUCCUGACAUCACUUUCAUAGACACGUUACUCGGAACACUGGUGAAGGAGCUGCAGAAUAAGUACACUCCUGGCCGAAGAGAGGAGGCAAUCAAUGUCACCAGGAGGUUCUUGCGCUCUGUAGCCAGGGUGUUUGUGAUCCUCAGUGUGGAGAUGGCUUCAUCUAAGAAGAAAAACAACUUUAUCCCUCAGCCUAUCGGGAAGUGCCGCCGUGUGUUCCAGGCUCUGCUGCCUUACGCCGUGGAGGAGCUGUGUAAUGUGGCAGAGUCCUUAAUCGUUCCAGUGCGAAUGGGUAUCGCCAGACCGACCGCUCCUUUCACUCUGGCCAGCACCAGUAUCGAUGCUGUUCAGGGAAGCGAAGAGCUGUUCUCUGUAGAGCCCCUGCCUCCGAGACCUUCACCUGACCAGUCCAGCAGCUCCAGUCAGAUAGCCGCCUCCUACAUCAUCAGAAACCCUCAGCCUCGUCACAGCAGCCAGUCUCAGCCUGUCCGAGGGAGAGACGAGGAGCAAGAUGAUAUCGUGUCUGCAGAUGUGGAAGAGGUUGAGGUAGUAGAGGGUGUGGCAGGGGAGGAGGAUCAUCAUGAUGACCAGGAGGAGCAGGGAGAAGAGAAUGUUGAAGCAGAAGGGCAGCAUGAUGAACACGAUGAAGAUGGGAGCGACAUGGAGCUGGAUCUUCUCGCAGCUGCUGAAACAGAGAGUGAGAGUGAAAGUAAUCACAGUAAUCAGGAUAAUGCCAGCGGCCGCAGGAGUGUUGUCACAGCAGCCACUGCUGGCUCAGAAGCAGGUGCCAGCAGCGUCCCUGCUUUCUUUUCAGAGGACGAUUCCCAGUCCAAUGACUCCAGUGACUCUGACAGCAGCAGCAGUCAGAGCGAUGAUGUCGACCAGGAGACGUUUUUAUUGGACGAGCCGCUGGAAAGGACGACCAGCACUUCUCAUGCCAACAGCGCAGCUCAGGCUCCUCGCUCCAUGCAGUGGGCUGUGAGAAACACCCCCAGCCAAAGAACCACGGGAAGUGCUCCUUCCAGCUCCUCAACACCAGCUGCAAGCUCCACGGGCCUGAUAUAUAUUGAUCCCACCAAUCUGCGCCGCUCCAGCGCCAUCAGCUCAAGUGCUGCCGCUGCUGCCGCAGCACUGGAGGCCAGCAACUCCAGCAGCUAUCUGACGUCUGCCAGCAGCCUGGCCAGGGCCUACAGCAUCGUCAUCAGGCAGAUAUCAGACCUCAUGAGCCUGAUUCCCAAGUACAACCAUCUGGUCUACUCCCAGUAUCCUGCUGCCGUAAAGCUGACUUACCAGGAUGCAGUCAACCUGCAGAACUAUGUUGAAGAAAAACUCAUUCCCACCUGGAACUGGAUGGUGUCCAUCAUGGAUUCCACAGAGGCUCAGUUGCGUUAUGGCUCAGCCCUGUCAUCUGCUGGAGACCCGGGCCACCCCAGUCACCCGCUUCACGCCUUACAGCACUCGGCACGCCGGGAACGCAUGACGGCUCGGGAGGAGGCCAAUCUCCGAGCUAUAGAAGGACGCAGGAGACCAGCCACUCUAUUGACCGCUCGCCAGGGCAUGAUGUCGGCACGGGGCGACUUCCUGAACUACGCCCUCUCACUGAUGCGAUCGCACAACGACGAGCACUCAGAUGUACUGCCUGUGCUGGAUGUGUGCUCAUUGAAACACGUAGCCUAUGUUUUCCAGGCUCUGAUCUACUGGAUUAAGGCCAUGAACCAGCAGACUACUCUGGACACGCCACAGAUGGAUAGAAAGAGGAAUCGAGAGAUUUUGGAGCUUGGUUUGGACAAUGAGGAUUCUGAACAUGACAAUGAUGAGGACACCAAUCAAAGUUCAACUCUGCAGGACAAGGAUGACGAGCCAGUUCCAUCAGAAACUGGUCAGAACCACCCCUUCUUCCGUCGCUCUGACUCCAUGACCUUCCUUGGCUGCAUCCCACCCAAUCCGUUCGAUGUUCCCCUGGCUGAGGCUAUCCCACUGGCAGACCAGCCGCACCUCUUGCAGCCUAACGCCAGGAAGGAGGAUCUGUUUGGGCGUCCCUCUCAGGGCUUGUAUUCUUCCUCAUACAUGGCAACCAAAGGCCUGACCGAGGCAAGCGUGGACAGGAACUGCCUGGAGGUAAACAUGGACUGCUCUCUACCCUCCCCCUCUCAGGUCCUGCCCACUAAAAUGUCAUACUCAGCCAACCUAAAGAAUGUAAUGAGUAUGGAAACUGGCCAGCGGAGUGUUGACAACCAGUCAUUGGCAGAGCAGGAACUGGAGGCUUCAAAACCCGGCCCCUCACCGCAUGACCUCGCUGCUCAGCUGAAGAGCAGCUUGCUGGCUGAGAUUGGCCUGACGGAGAGCGAUGGACCUCCUCUCCCGUCAUUCAGACCACACUGUAGCUUCAUGGGCAUGAUGAUCUCGCACGACAUGCUGCUGGGCCGCUGGCGUCUGUCACUGGAACUCUUUGGACGUGUCUUUAUGGAAGAUGUAGGAGCUGAACCUGGAUCAAUCCUCACUGAGCUCGGUGGCUUUGAGGUGAAGGAGUCAAAGUUCCGUCGGGAGAUGGAGAAGCUCAGAAAUUUGCAGUCCCGUGACCUGGCCUUAGAAGUGGACCGGGAUCGGGACCAGCUUAUUCAGCAGACCAUGCGUCAGCUCAAUGCGCACUUUGGCCGACGCUGCACAACCACAUCCAUGGCCGUGCACCGGGUGAAGGUCACGUUCAAAGAUGAGCCAGGAGAGGGCAGCGGCGUGGCCCGCAGCUUCUACACGGCCAUCGCCCUGGCCCUCCUCUCCAAUGAUAAACUUCCAAAUCUGGACUGUGUUCAGAGUGUCAGCAAGGGCAUGCAGGCCAGCAGUACGUGUCAUCAUGAUUACAAUUCAAAUCUAAUGCAGCGUUUAAGGAAUAGAGACAGAGAACGAGAAAGGAGAAGUGGAGGGCUACGUGCCGGCUCUCGGAGAGAUCGAGACAGAGACUCCAGGAGGCAGCUGUCCAUAGAUACCAGACCUUUCCGACCCUCUUCAGAGGGGAACCCCAGUGACGAACCCGACCCCCUGCCUGCACACAGACAAGCUCUGGGGGAGAGACUGUACCCACGUGUUCAUGCAAUGCAGCCGGCAUUUGCCAGCAAAAUCACAGGAAUGUUGCUGGAACUUUCUCCUGCACAACUGCUACUGCUGCUGGCCAGCGAGGAUUCUCUCAGGGCCCGGGUAGAGGAGGCCAUGGAACUUCUCAUUGCACACGGAAGGGAAAAUGGUGCUGACAGUAUAUUGGACCUGGGUCUUCUGGAGGCACCAGAGAAAGCACAACAGGAGAACCGUAAACGUCAUGGAUCCACCCGCAGCGUGGUGGACAUGGAGCUGGAUGACCCAGACGAUGGGGACGAUAAUGCUCCACUUUUCUACCAGCCUGGAAAACGAGGGUUCUACUCCCCUCGACCCGGCAAAAACACAGAGGCCAGACUCAACUGCUUUCGGAACAUCGGCAGAAUACUUGGACUGUGUCUCCUACAGAAUGAACUCUGCCCGAUUACGUUGAACAGGCACGUGAUCAAGGUAUUGCUUGGGAGGAAGGUAAACUGGCACGACUUUGCUUUCUUCGACCCGGUUAUGUACGAGAGCCUGCGGCAGCUAAUCCGGCACUCUCAGGCUGGCGAAGCAGACGCGGUGUUUGCUGCCAUGGACUUGGCCUUUGCCAUCGAUCUCUGUAAAGAGGAAGGGGCUGGACAGGUGGAGCUUCUCUCUGGUGGGGUCAACAUGCCAGUGACUCCUGUCAACGUGUACGAGUACGUGAGGAAGUAUGCUGAGCACAGAAUGCUGGUGGUGGCAGAACAGCCGCUCCACGCAAUGAGGAAAGGUUUGCUGGAUGUGCUUCCUAAGAACUCGCUAGAGGACCUGACGGCUGAGGACUUCAGGCUGCUGGUUAACGGCUGUGGUGAAGUCAAUGUUCAGAUGCUCAUUAGCUUCACCUCCUUCAACGAUGAAUCGGGUGAGAAUGCGGACAAACUGCUGCAGUUUAAACGCUGGUUUUGGUCCAUAGUUGAGAAGAUGAGCAUGACAGAGAGGCAAGAUUUGGUGUACUUCUGGACCUCCAGCCCGUCUCUGCCGGCCAGUGAGGAAGGCUUUCAGCCGAUGCCAUCCAUCACCAUCCGGCCACCGGACGACCAGCACCUGCCCACGGCCAACACCUGCAUCUCGAGGCUCUAUGUGCCACUGUACUCCUCAAAACAGAUCCUCAAACAAAAACUCCUACUAGCCAUUAAGACCAAGAACUUUGGUUUUGUGUAGAGGUCUGACAGUAAAGAGUCUUAAAAAAAAAAAAAGAAAAGAGAAAAACAUGUUUACUGUUGUGUAAUAUUUACCUAGCGCCAUUUUUGUAGAUUUAUUUUUUGUCUAUACAAUUUUAUGAAAU